GGUUGGGAGCCCCACGGAGCGGCUGCAGAAGCUGUGCCACCUGAACCUCCUGGACUGGUGCGCCCGGCGGGGCGACGAGCGGCUCCCGCCCCCGCAGGUCCCCGCGGUCGAGGAGAAGUUCAGCCGGCCGAUGUCCACGCUGUGGUCCGAGGGCCGCCCGGGACUCGCCGCCGAGCGGGUGGUGGCGCUCCCCGUCGACUGCACGGCGGACCUGCCCACGUCGCGCCACUCCUGGGUGAUGUGGCCCGCGGCCCCCGCCGGCGAGAUAGCGCCCCCGCCCCCUGGCGUGGCGCCGCCUUUCGACUACGGCGGUGGCUGCCCGCCGCCCUACCCAGGCGGCCCCCCGCCGGCGCCAUUCGACCCCCGGGGGCCGCCGCCGCACCUCAGAAGGCCUCCGCUGGACGGGCGCCCGCCCUUCGAUGCGGCGCCGCCGGGUGGGCCCUUCGAGGUGCCGCCGCGGCCGCCGCCGGGGGUGCCGAUGCCGCCGCCGGGCCCGCACGGGCCGCCGCAGGGCUGCCCGUUCGACAGGCCGCCCUUCGACGUCCCGCCGGCGCGGCCGCCCUACGGCCACGGCCCGCCCCCAGGCGGGCCGUGGUACGAGCCUCACCGGCCGCCCUUCCAGCGGCCACCCUUCGAUCGGCCGCCCUUCCACGCGUCGCCCUUCGACAGCCGCCGGCCGCCCUUCGAGGGAUCGCCGUUCGACGGGCCGCCCGAUAGAAGGCCGCCCUUCGACCCGCCCUUCGAGCCGCCCCCGGACGGCGGCCUCCGGCCGCCGCUCCCGCCGCCGGGCGCCGGGCUGCCUCUGCCGGGCGCCGGGCCCCCGCCGCUGGCGGACGCGCCGCCCGGCCAGUGGUUCGACGGCACCGCGCCCCCCCCCGCAGCCGUCCUGCCUCGGCCAGGCGAGGAGGGCGAGAGAGAACACCGGCGCAGGAGACACCGCGGCCACCACGACGACCCCGGCGCAGAGCCCGGCGAGGCGGAGCGGGACCGCGACCGCAAGCGGCGCAGGCGCCCGGAGUGCGCCGUCGAGCUGGUGGCGGCGCCCCACGUGUUGGCGGAGGACGCCGCGGCGGCGUCCGUGGGCGUCGAGCCUGGCGCGGGCGGGGUGCCUGAGGCUGAGCUUGCAGGCG